GGCGCCGAGUUCACGGCAUUCAUUCUCGUCGGCAGAUGGCGGAUGCAGUAGACGCCCCCGUCGCCCGUCGCCCGCCGUCAGUCGCGCAUAGACAACUCACCGAGCGCAAGUGUGCUUGUGAUCCGCUCAGCACCAUUUUGUGUGUAUCGUUUCGAACGGGACAUUGUGUGUAUGUGCUCCGUGAAUAAUUGUAAACCACGAACAUCCAAGUGUCUACCGAGUUCAGUGUUUCACUUUCGACAUGCCCGCGGAGGGAUCGAUGCGAUAUCUCGUAGAAACCGCGCCUCCGUCAUGAGCGAGUGAUCGUCGACGUGAAAAAAAAGUUAACACAGGAAACAUGUCUGGGCGGACCGCCGACGCGGAUGCGAGCGAAGGGUUCGGGUUCGAAAUUCGAAAGCGGUCAUGUCAUCGCCUCUCGGAUUUCGUAUAAGUCACCGUCCAAUGUCAAAAUCGUGCACGUACCGCGAGCGCCGACCCUCCGGAUCGUGCGGAAAAUGCAAUCGUUGGUAGUGUGGUGCGCGGUGGUGUGGGCGCUGGCUCUGCUGGCGCCGCUGGUGCCGCGAGCGGGCGCGUGCUCGAGCUCCAUCUCUAAGCGGCCGGCGCGCGUGGCGCGGCCGCGGCCCGGCCCGCCGCCGCGGCCGCAGCCGCCGCCGCGCCUCAACGUCACCUUCCCCACCUACAAGUGCGAGCCCGACUACUCGGAGUACUACUGCCUCAACGGCGGCGUCUGCUUCACCGUCGUCAUCUCGGAUAGCCGGAUAUACAACUGCGAGUGCCGCAGCGGGUUCGUCGGCCAGCGAUGCGAGUUCAAGGACCUCGACGAUUCGUACGUGCUGACGAGCCGCCACCUGAUGAUGGAGACGGCGUCGAUAGCGGGCGGCGCGACGGUGGCCGUGUUCCUCGCCAUUCUAGUCUGCUUCGGCGCGUGGGUGCGCCUGCACCGGCGCGGCAAGACGCCGCCCUUCCAGGAGGAGCGCGGCCAGGUGCAGCUGGUGGCCGUGGCGGCGCCGCGCGGGCCCGUGCGCCUGCAGCCCGCGCCGCCCGCGCCGCACUAGCCGCCUCAUAGAACUCUUGUUUAUACUGUAUCUCGUGUACAUAUAGAUAGAUUAUGUGUUAAGUUAUGUGGAGCGAACGGAAGAUAUAAGAAAAAUUUAUGUGAUAAUUAUUUUACGAAGCUUAUAAUUUAUUUCGAGGAAUUUCUUUUGUAUAUACCGUUCCGAUCAGUCUCAGUAUUUGAUUGAGUGUAAAAUUUCAGUGUCUCCCCAGUGUUGAUCCGUGAAUAGUACCUAUCCUAUUGUUAGUAUUCAGUGUAUCGGAUGUGAACGACGACCAUGUACCUACGCUACUCGCUUAAGUAGAGCUGUUAUAUGUUGUUUUGUUGUUAGCACUGUAUCACAAGGUACAGGAGUGUCUGCCCUCUAAAUGCCUGUAGGAUGCAAGUUCUGCUCUACCUGUUUUAUGUCAGAAGCAAAGUUCUCAUGUACAAAGUUUCCCUGUAAACACAGCUAGACUAGAAGUUGUUGUAGUGGGCUGGAGGGCGGUGUGUGCAGCCAAGGUCUUGGUGGGUGCACACACUGCAUGUUAUGUUUGUUAAUGUAGCAAAUGUUAUGAAUAAUCAGAGAGUACCAGGCAGGUCCCUUGUCUGUGUACUACAUUGCUAGUAUUUGUGAAUCAAUGUUAAUUGUAUUAUUAUUCCAUUCUAUACCAAUAGAAUUGUGAUGAAUUGAUGCGUGUGCAGCGUGAGUGGCCGGCGUUGGCCAGGUAGCGUAGUCCCGGGCACAUUCCAUCUUGCGGAUAUUUUACUGGUGUCAGUAUUAUUGUGUAAUACGAGUCUUAAGCCGGCAGCUUUACUUUAUUUUUUAAUUUAUACCUGUUAUCCCGCUGGGAUAGUGCUGUAUUAUAUGUUUAAAGGCUGAUGUGCCCUUGAUGAUGGCUUGUGUAAAUAUAGCCUAUGUAGGUAUUUAUUAGAUAUUUAUGAUCGUUUAUUUAUUGACUGCUUUAUUUAGUUAAUCUGCGCCCUCGGCACGGCGGCCGGCGUGGUGGCCGCGCCGAGGGCGCUGGAUGAUCAGCGGCACCCGAGCCUAACUUACGGUAAACGGUUGCAUUUUUCAUUUCACCUGCUAAGCAUGGCCUCGCGUAAUAUAUUCCCAAAUAUAAUCUCAUUAUGAAUCUCCAUUAUUGUCUUGUAUUAUGUAAAAAUUGAAAUACUACAUUGGAUGGUGUAUAAAACUGGUUCCUCUGCAGUGUGCACUGUCUGUCUCGUCUGCUACACACUACCUGUUACACACUGGGUACAAUCUGUCAAGAUUUUUUGUACAUUCAUAAUAGAUUGAAUAUGCUUGUGAAUAAUAAAAUUUAAUGAUAAUUAAUUGUAUGUAAAUAUUGUCAAAUUGUAUCUGUAAUGCUUCUGUAAUUGUCCAAUAUGUAGCAGGAAAUCUUUAUUAUUUUCGCUCUCUACUCAUUCCUUCAGGCCUAUUCUGGAGUCUCAGUUGUCUACUGAUGCUGUCUAAGUUACAGGAUAGGCCUACUAAUCAUGUAGUCUUAACUAUCUUCUGUAUGGCAGUGCAGAUUGCAAGAGGGACACAAAAAAAUAGUAAAUUUGUUAAUAGGCUGUGAGUAUCACAGAGGUAAGCCUGGCAUUGAUAAAUUGAUGUAGUUUUAUACUAGACCCUUCUGUCCCGUUAGUGAUGGCGAUUUCAUGUAUUUGACGUAUUUUGGCAUCAAUUUAUCAUGCUGGGUUGUAGGGGCUUGUUUGUUGUCGUGCGGAACAGCCCCGCGUGAGGGUCUACUGGGCAUGUGUCCUGCACGCAGCCACUCAUUGUCACACGAGUGUUGUUGUCCAGAGCAGGUGGGCACGCGGGCCAGUCCGCAGGACAGGAACCAGGCCCUUCAACAGCUUUGCCAGUUUGUAUGAGAAGUGGUUGUAUGGUGGAGUCCACAUUGUAUAUUCAUAUGAGAUUGUUUAUAUGAACAUUCCAAAGUAUUUGUAAAAUAUUACCUACAGCGCUAAUAAUUUUGAACUAUCUGUUAAGACGCUACAUUGUUAAUUAUACAGUUUUCUAUUGAUCAUUUGUUAAAAGAAAAUUAUACGAAACUAAAUCCUUAA